AUGGCGCCAGUCGCCUCGGCGCUGCUCUCAAACAAUGGACAACCACUCCAGGGCCAAUACCCUUCAUAUGGGCAACAACAACAACCUUAUGGGCAGCAUCCACCACAGCAAUCAUCAUCUCAGUGGACGCAGCCCCCUCAUGGACAACAGAAACCUUAUGGUUAUGGUCAAACGUCAUUCCAACAGCCGCCUCAUGGGCAGCAGCAGCAAUAUUACGAACAACAGCAGCCAUAUGGACAGCAACCGCCGUAUGGACAACAGCCACCGCAUGGUCAACAGCCACAGUCACAGUAUGGCCAACAACAACAGCAGCUUCAUUAUGGACAGCAACAACCCUAUGGACACCAGCCACAGUCACAGUAUGGACAACAGCUACCACAUGGUCAACAGCCACAGUCACAGUAUGGCCAACAACAACAACAGCUUCAUUAUGGACAGCAACAACCCUAUGGCCAACAGCAAUCCUACGUACAAGCUCCCUAUCAGCAACAGGGCUACGGUGCUGGAUAUGCCCAAAAUGCACAGAACCCCGGGUACAAUGUCCCUCCCUGCCAACCGCCACCGCUCCAGCAGCCUGUUGGCCCAGCCUUUGAAGCCUUCAAAAGAAUCCUACACCAAACGAUACAAGAACGGAAUCUAGCGUCAUUCUACCCGUUCCCUUCACCGGUUGUCGACGACCUUGCAUGCCGAGCCUCGCAACAAGUAGGUCAGCUGUGCCAGAAAUGGCGUCUCCCAUGGGAGAUCGGUAGCGACUUGGCGAAGCUGGGCCUGUAUGAUGUCGUCCUAUAUGUUGAUGACUCGGGAUCUAUGCGAUUUGAAGAGAAUGGCGAACGCAUCAAGUAUCUCCAAUCAAUCCUACAGCGUGUAACGUACGCUGCCACCCUUUUCGACAACGACGGAAUAUCAGUGCGGUUCAUGAACAGCACCCCUCCAACGCACCUCAUCAAUGGCAUCCGCGAUGAUCGGCAAGUCGAAACUCUCAUGCAGUCCUUGCAGUACAAGGGCCUGACCCCUAUGGGUACGGAGCUGAGAAAUAAAGUCAUUAACCCGCUGGUCGUCGGCAAAGCGCGCUCGGGAGAGCUGCGGAAACCAGUCUUGGUGGUUGUGCUAACGGAUGGACAACCAUCGGGCGAGCCGGAUAGCGCCAUCUUCGACACCAUCAGGUACACGAACGCGCAACUGCAACAGAGCCGGUACGGUGCCGGUGCCGUGGCGUUCCAGAUUGCCCAGGUCGGGAACGACCAGGAAGCCAGGUCCUUCCUGGCAAAGAUAGAUAGAGACCCGGUCAUUGGUGCUCUCGUGGAUUGCACAAGCAAUUACGAGAAUGAAUCUGCCGAGAUGGCUCAAUCGAAUCCUCCGGUCGACCUUACCCCCGAACUUUGGCUCGUCAAGCUUCUCCUGGGUGCCAUUGAUCACUCCUAUGACCGAAAGGAUGAAAAGGGUCAGACGUUCGCAUGA